CGCACGAUCAAGUGUAUAUAUUCGUUAUCAACGAUAUCGUCGAACAAACGAAGUACUAUGAAGUAGUUCAAAUGGACCUCGUCUAGGAGUAAACAAAAUGUUUCUUAAUCGUAAGCCGAAAUGUGCAGUACUUCAAUGUGUACUCAUACUCACGAGUAUACUAUUUCUUGGAUUCGUUCUAAUCAAAUCGCAGUUCAAUCUUGCCUUGACGGAUAAAAACAUUCCGGCAAAGGAUAAGAUUGAAUUUGAAAAUAACGGACGCCAUUUGUACAAAAGAAGUGGACUUAGAUUUAACUUUGAAACAAAUAACUUGGACCUGAGGAUAAUAGUGAUAACCUAUAAUCGUCCCAUGUCACUGCUUCGAUGCCUUAACUCUCUAAAUGACGCUGAUUAUGUUGGUCAUCGGGUCAAGUUAGAUAUAUUCAUAGACCGAUCGUCGAAAUCUAAAAAAGUUGACCAAGAAACAUAUUCGAUUGCGAAGGCGUUUUCCUUUUUGCAUGGCGAGAAGACGGUGAAUGUUCACAAAAAGAACGUUGGGUUGUAUGGACAGUGGCUGGACACAUGGCGACCAACAGAAGACAAUAAAGAGAUUGCGAUUAUAUUGGAGGACGAUAUGACGGUCAGUCCAUACUUCUAUAAAUGGCUCCGAGCUGCGCAUGCGCACUAUGAUACAAGGGCUGAUGUGAGCGGUUAUGCUCUUGCUAACGUUUAUCAACUAGCAGCAGCGCCAGGUGGCAUUGUCGUUCCUCUCAAUUACACAGCAUAUAUGUAUACCGUCCUUGGAUCAUGGGGAUUUUCACCCCACAGGAACAGGUGGCAAGAAUUCCUUGUGUGGUAUGAUUCAGCGUCUACCAACGCAUCCUUUAACCCAUACGUGGAAGGCAUUCGUCACACGGAAUGGUAUAAAUCGUUUCAGAAGACUAACUCCGAAGGAUCGAUGUGGGAAAUGUGGCAUAUUUAUUUCAGCCAUAUACACAAGUUAUAUUGCGUAUUCCCAAAUUUACCCGAUCGUUACAUGUUCGGCCGAAACCACCAAGAGCCAGGACUACACUAUUCAGGCAACGUUAAAGUCGAUCAACUUGACAAACUUGUUUCAAAAUCUAACUGGAACCCCGAUAUUUUGAAAAUGCCCAAGAAUGCAAUCAAAGUAGAUUAUUAUGGUCGCAUAUCAUUCGGAUAA